AUCGGAACACAAUACACAUAGCACACACGGCCGCAGCAUUAGUAUUAUUAGCCUGCACUCUGGGGUCGAUCGGGCAAGUGUGAGGAUCGGAUCGGAGGUGAAGCGACCAGCUAAUUAACAAUCAGAAGAAGUUUUUGAUCGAUCUCUCGUCAACAAUGGCGGACGGCGGCGUGUCGAGGCUGGCGUCGCAGCGCGCGGUGGUGAUCUUCGGGACGAGCAACUGCUGCAUGUGCCACGCCGUGAAGACGCUCUUCUCCGACCUGGGCGUGAGCUGGGCGGUGUGCGAGCUGGACAAGGAGCCCAGGGGCAAGGACAUCGAGAAGGCGCUGGCGUGCAUGGUGGGCCGCAGCCCGCCCGUGCCGGCGGUGUUCAUCGGCGGCAAGCUCGUCGGCCCCACCGACCAGGUCAUGUCGCUGCACCUCGGGGGGAAGCUCGUGCCGCUCCUGCGUGAGGCCGGCGCCCUGUGGCUGUGAGCUAGCUAGGCUACUAGAAAACGCCAAAGAUCUAGA